AUGAAGCACAGAGAGAAGCUGGAGGAUAAAUGGGCCCAGACUGGAUGGAGAAUAGAGCAGAAGUAUGGAAACAAAGUGCUGGUGGGAAACUGGGCAGAAGAAAGACUUCAGUUCACUCGAGAGCCAAAGACGGCCGAAAGCACCAAUCGCGUAGACUACCGGCCCCACUGGGACUUCAAGCCAGACGUCUCUGAGAGAGGCUAUGCCCUGCUGAGAGCUGAGGGGCUUCCAUCCAAGCAGCUGUUUGGCCAUUGCCAUCCAACAUCCUCUCAUUACUUGGUCACACAAUAUGAAGACAGCUACGGGAGAGAGCACACGAACACUUUGCCCUCUCUGCAACCCUGGUGUCCAGGAAGCUCGACAUGGCAGCCCGAGAUGUCUAAUCAGCCAAUUCCUGACCACCCAACCAACUUAGGCUUGCCGUGGUCUGCAAGGCGUCGUGUGGAAAAGCAGCAGUCACACCUCCCGUUAAUGACUGUGUACAGGUCAGCGUACCAGAGUCAUCCACUUAGCGCCUUCUGCCAGAGCCGCUUUGCCAGGGCCUCACGCGCGCUCUCCAGCCACCUUCAUGCAGCCAAUCACAACAACAGGGAUCUGGAUCUGAGACGUCGCUCGCUGCUACAAGUCCCCGAUCAUUGUUUGAGUGGACGUUAG